ACCACACCUAAAUAUUUUAAUUAUUAUUGUUGUGUCCGAUAAUAAUUAAAAAAAAAAAAACAAAACAUUAUUUUAAUAUUUUGAAGAUGUUUUAAAAACCUUGUGAGUUCGGCUGUGUCGUUGCUGUUGUUGUUGUCUGGGGUCAACAAUACCUUUUAUUGGGUUAAGAGAUUCAUUACUCAUUACCCAUUUCCCUCUUAUAUAUAUAACCCUUUGCAUUAGUAUUUUCCCCAUUUCAUUUUAUCUCUCAAACAAGAGAGAAAAAACACAACACACACUGAUAUGAGAACAAGAAGAGGGAGUUAUUACCCAGAAUCUGGAAUAGUGACAAAGAUGUGUUCAUUUGGUAAUAAGAGAAAACCAAAAGAGACUAUUUCAUAUGCAAAGAGACAGAAGAAAUGUUCUGAGAAACCAACAACAACAACAACGGAUUAUGAUUUUUUUGAAUCUUUACCAGAUGACAUCGUUAUUUCUAUCUUCUGUAGGCUUAGUUCUACAGCCACUUCCCCUUCAGAUUUUGUAACCGUUUUAUUAACGUGUAAGAGAUUAAAAAGUUUAGCACUUCAUUCUCUUGUGUUAUCAAAAGCUUCUCCGAGAACUUUCUCCAUUAGAGCAAAAAAUUGGUCCGAUUCUGCACAAAAAUUUCUCAAAAACUGUGCCGAAGCAGGGAAUGUUGAAGCGUGUUAUACUUUAGGCAUGAUUCGGUUUUACUGUUUGCAAAACAGAGGGAGCGGUGCUUCGCUUAUGGCGAAAGCAGCAAUGAAUUCACACGCGCGUGCUCUUUACUCGCUUGCAGUUAUACAGUUCAACGGCAGCGGCGGUACCAAAAGUGACAAAGACCUCCGUGCCGGAGUUGCUCUCUGCGCUAGAGCCGCUUUUCUCGGCCACAUCGACGCGUUGCGUGAGCUUGGCCACUGUUUACAAGACGGUUACGGUGUUAAACAGAAUAUCUCCGAGGGAAGACGUUUUCUUAUUCAAGCAAACGCACGUGAACUCGCCGCCGUGUUAUCAACCAACGCCGCCGCGCGCCAGUUAGUUAAUUCAAAUCUCCAGUCACAGCUUCGAUAUGUUGCGGCGACUGGAUGUCCGUUGUUAAGUGAUUUUGGAUGUAAUGUCCCGGCGCCGGAGCCACAUCCGGCGAGUCGGUUUUUGACGGAGUGGUUCACGGUUCGGAGUGAUUCGCUUGAUUCGGGUUUGAGACUCUGUUCACAUGCCGGAUGUGGUAGACCGGAGACACGGAAACAUGAGUUUCGAAGGUGUUCCGUUUGUGGUGCGGUGAAUUAUUGUUCACGCGCUUGUCAAGCGCUUGAUUGGAAGUUUCGACAUAAGGCGGAGUGUGCUCCGGUGGAACGGUGGCUUGAUGAGGAUGGUGAAGACGACGGUGAAGAUGACGGCGACCGUGAGGUAAUGGUUAUGGAAGAUAGUUAGAAAAUUUUCGGAAUAGGAUUAUGGUUAUGGUAACUGUAACGGAGGUUAAUUCGCACGGUUGUUCUAACGGCGAAAUGAAUCCAUUUUUGUUGAGGUGUUUGAGAAAUUAUAUACCUGAUUUAUUUGGCCGUAUAAAAAAGGUAUUUGUAUACGUACAAUCGUACAUUGGUACAUGUCUUCCUUUUUUCCCUGUAUAGUUGGAAGGAAAAUUCUCCCAAAAAAAUUAAAUGGGUUGAUUUCCCUUUUCUUUUCUUCUUUUUUGUUUCCUUGAAAUUUUUGUGCCAAAUGAAUCGAACGGUUAAUCGGAAUUUCAAUUCUUAAAGA